AUUUUAGCGUAGGCGAGGCACAACAACAAACACAUAAAACAUUUGGAAAAAGUAUAUUGUGUCGUUUAGAAAUAAAGCUAAAUUUAAGAUUUAUAUUAAUCGAGUAAUAUGUGGCGUACGUGCAAUGUAGUAUCACAAACCAUUUUUGGUAUGAGUACUUACAUGCUAUAUUUGCUGUAUCAAAUGAGAAUACCUACACUAAUCGUGAUAUUGUUUACUCUUCAAUGUUCAACAUACGGAUUAGUUUCAUAUGAUUAUUUGGAGAACAACGAUAUUAGUGGCUUAAAUAGUGUCGAACAAACGUCCCGUUUUCCCUUGUUAAUGCCGAAAGUUGUGCCCAAUAAGCCAGAACUUUAUCUAUGUACACCCGUAAAAGUCGACUAUACUACCAGCUAUUUUAUAGUUGGUUAUGAACCAAAUGCAACAAUGAACACGGCGCAUCACAUGUUAGUGUAUGGUUGCGGUGAACCUGGAUCAACCAAACCAGUUUGGAAUUGUGGAGAGAUGUCGAAGGAGUAUUCUGCUGAUUCGGCCAGUCCUUGCGGUGUUCAUUCACAUUCACAGAUCUUAUAUGCCUGGGCGAGAGAUGCGCCAAAGUUGGAUUUACCCAAUGGUGUUGGAUUUAAGGUUGGUCUAAAUACUCCUAUCAAAUACAUUGUUCUGCAGGUCCACUACGCUCAUAUUGAUAAAUUUAAAGAUGGCAGCUCUGACGAUUCUGGAGUUUUUAUUGAUUAUACAAUAAGACCUUUGAAAAAGCUGGCUGGAGUUCUGCUCCUGGGCACUGCGGGACAUAUUCCCCCAAAUUCACUUGAACACAUGGAGACAGCUUGUGAAAUAAAUGAAAAUAAAACAUUACACCCGAUUGCUUAUCGGACUCACACACAUAGCCUUGGAAAAGUUGUAUCCGGGUAUAGAGUCCGCACUGACGAACACGGUAGCCAUCAAUGGACACUCUUAGGGAAGAGAGAUCCCUUAACUCCACAAAUGUUUUACCCAGUUGAAAACAGCGACCCUAUUGUAAUCGGGGAUUAUCUUGCAGCAAGAUGUACAAUGAUUAGCCAUCGGAACAGAAUUACUGAAAUUGGAGCUACUAAUGAGGAUGAAAUGUGCAAUUUUUAUUUGAUGUAUUAUGUUGAGAAUGAUGAACCUCUUAAUAUGAAAUAUUGUUUUAGUCAAGGACCACCUAACUACUAUUGGAGCAAUCCAGACGUUGGGCUUAAUAACAUUCCAAAUAUAGAAGCCAGUACAUUGUGAAUCUAUCGGAAAAAAUAGUAAUAAUUUUAUUUUCUGAAUUGUAAAUAUUUAAUAAUUGUUGAACGUCAUUGUAUAUAAAUAAAGUGUAUGUAUAUAUGUAUUUCUGGAAUAAAAAUAAUACAUAUUGGCUUGCUCAUA